AUGGCUUUCUAAUGCUUCUUUUCUACUUCAUUGUUUCUUCCAAAUUAUAUCAGCUGAACCAAAUAGCGUGUCAUUAAUUCAUUAUCACUUGACAACUUGCAAUAGCGUGUCUAUGUGCUGACUGCUGACUUGCUUUACACUCGUCUUGGUCUUGCUUUGUCUUUUAAUGGAGCUAAAAAUCGCUUAAAAGUACUGUAUCUUAGGAUUAAGCAGCAUUCUUUUUGUUUUAUUUAUUUGCUCUUAAUUCCUUUGGGAAGAUCAUUGUUGUUACCAUUUUAUUAAGCAACCUCAACGUUUUUAGAGAACAAGUGGCCAUACUUCACUUGGUACUGACCUUAUGAGGUUGUGUAGUGAUCUCUUUCAAAGCUGCUUCCCCGGAACUUCUUCUGGCACAUCACCAAAUGAUUCAAUUCAGAUGAAGUGGCCAAUCUUAUCCUACCGGGAACUUGCAAAAGUCACAAAUAAUUUUGACCAAUGUAAUAUGCUUGGAAAGAUAGGCUUGGAGAAAGUUUACCAUGGCAAAAAGAAUGGGCAUGAGGUUGCAAUUGAAAGAUAUUCCAAUAAUGAGAUGCACAUAUUCCAGCAGUUCCUCUAUGAAGAUUUGAUCUCAAAUAUCUUACCUCAUAAGAAUCUGGUGUCAUUUCAUGGUUGUGCCUUUUCAUCAUAAGGAGUUCCUGCUAGCACAUGAAUACCUCUCAAAUGGCACUCUUGCUUCUUAUCUUCAACUUGAAAUGUCACACAGCAGCACACUACAUUGGCUCACUAGAUUAGACAUUGCAAUUGAUGCUGCAAAUGCAUUGAGUUAUCUUCAUUAUCAUGGCAUCGUCCAUCACAAUGUAAAAUCCGACAAUAUUCUGCUAGACAAGAACCUUUGUGCUAAACUCGGUGGCUUAAAUUUGUCAAGGAAACUUCCAGAAGGAGUUUCAAUCGAUGAUACCUAUGUUACAAGUGAUUUAGUAGGGACACGUGGUUACAUAGACCCAGAAUAUGUAUCAUAUGGCAGGGUUGGUGCCACAGUUGAUGUUUACAGCUUUGGAGUGGUUUUGUGUGAGCUUAUAUCAUCCAAACUCGCUAAGUACUGGAAAGGUUGCGAGGAAGAGAGUAUCGCUACAAUUUUAAGCAAAAAAAUUGGAAGCCAAGAUAUGAACAAGGUGUUGGAUCCAAGACUUGGCUUCCAAUCAGACCAUAAAAUCAAGCAGAUGAUAACUGCUGUAGCAGAGCUUGCACUUGAGUGCAUGAAUUCUCCACAAGAACUAAGGCCAAACAUGGAACAAGUGUUAGAGAUCCUCAAUGGUAUAAGACAAGAGAGAUUUGAAGCAAACUCAGAAAAAGCUUUUAAAAUCUUCCACCAUGCUGAACUUGAAGAACCAACUAAACAUUUUGACACUUGCCUUGGAAAGGGAGGGUUUGCCACUGUCUACUAUGGAAAACUUAAGGAUGGGCGCAAAAUUGCAGUAAAACAUUUCCACAACGAGACAGAAAAGUCCAUCAAGCAAUUCAUGAAAGAAAUACAGAUCUUAAAUCUCUUGCAGCAUCAAAAUUUGGUGUUACUUUAUGGCGGCAGCUCUCGUCACAGGAAGAACCAUCUUCUACUGUAUGAGUACAUCUCCAACGGCACCCUUUCUAAACGUCUUCAAGGACCUUCAAGUGAAAAGUUAUCAUGGCUUACUAGAUUGAACAUUGCCAUUGAAACUGCAACUGCAUUAGUAUAUCUUCAUGAUUCAGGUAUCAUCCAUCGGAAUGUGAAAGGAAGCAACAUUCUCUUGGAUGAAAAGUUGACUGUUAAGGUUGCGGAUUUUGGACUCUCAAGGUUACUUCCAAGUUCUGUUACACAUGUUUCAACCAUGCCAGUGGGAACUCACGCUUACAUAGAUCCAGAUUACUAUGAAUCUGGAAGAGUCAGUGAUAGAAGCGAUGUCUACAGCUUUGGCAUGGUCUUGUUUGAGCUCAUAUCAUCAAAACCACCUAGCUUGUUGGAUGAUGGAGAGAUUGUUACUCUAGCCAAGUUUGGAAUCACUAAGAUGUUAAACAAUGCAAUGGAGGAGCUCGUGGAUCCAAUUUUCAAGUUUGGUUCAGAUAAAAAGUUGAUGGAAAUGAUAACAGCUGUGGCAGAGUUAGCAUUUCAGUGUGUGCAGUGUCCUAAAGAUCUUAGACCUUCUAUGAAACAGGUGCUGGAGACCCUAGAAGGAAUAAAGAAGGGAACAUGGGGAUUCAACCAAAUAACAUAGUCUUAAUUUCAGAUUUCAUGAAGUUCUAUUCAGUUACGUGAUGGUUAUAAUUCACAAUUUUCAUGCAUGCAGGAAGAAAUAAUCCAUCAGAUCUAGGGACAAACCAGUCAGACUUACAUGUCACUCAACAACAAACAGCAGAGCUUGGUGCUCUUAAAAAGAU